UUUGAGACCUCAGGUCCUAUUCUCUUUGCCAAUUAAAGAGCCCCUUCUCCGUUUCCUAGAUAUAUCCGGCUUCUUUUUUUUUAAUUCACUCGGUCGGUGUUUAAGAAGUAUGCUUCAACUUCACAUUUUGGUAAUUUUGUUGUCUCUAAUCUUGAUUUUCUACUGGGUCGGUGUUCCUAUUUUCGAUGGCCAUUGUAUGAGAUAUGGUGAUCCUACCUUCAAUUCCAGAAACACCAGCAGUGACCGUAGCCCAUCCACUUGCGGGGGCACCGACAUCAAUUUAAAGUGCCCGUUUCAAUUUAGUGGUGAUGAUCCCGAUGUGUGCCCUGAACGUCGUGUUGUUGAAUUCUCUUGUGGAAAUAAUCGCACUGUUCUACCCAUAAUUGAUGAUAACUAUCCGGAGAAACAGUAUAACUUUUCUGUGGAGCUGAACAGUAUUGAUUAUGAGAAACAGAUACUUCGUAUCUUUGAUCCUGGGGUGCAAAAGAACAACUGUUCUACUCUGCCACUCUACCCAUUGAGUCCAUACUACUACUCUCAACCUGGUGCGGGUUAUGAGAUGGAGAUUGAUCCUAAUACUGGUUCGUUGGUCUUUGUGAGCUGUAAAAAUCCGGUGACAUCGAAAUAUCCUCCUCUUUAUGUAGACACUGCUUCAUGUAAUAUCACUGCAAAUCAUUUUUCAGAAAUGAAAGCUCCGUCCAAUUAUUACAGCUAUGUUGUGGUGGGUAUAAAUGUGGUGGCAUCUGAUAUUGAAGAGUCGUGCACCAUUUAUAAGACAGCUUCUGUAGACCUGCGGCGUCUCCCUAAUGUAACAGCAGGAGAUAUUUCGUUUCAAGACAUCCACAAUCUUCUGUCUAAUGGCCAUGAGCUCAAAUGGUACGCAGGCUUCGAUACCAGCAGGAGGAGGAAGUCCUUUUUUUGCGAUGUACCUCUCAAAUUGGUAGAAAUCAACAGCAGGCUCGGCGGCCCAUAUGUCGUUGGCCCAUAUGGAACUAACAUUGCUAUUGGCGGCUUAGUUUCGGUUCUGCUUAUUGCAGCAAUAAAAGUCAUUGGCAUUAUCCUCUUGUUUGCUUUCCUCCUUUAUCGGUGUCAUCGGAGGCAUUUAUCGAGGUAUGAUACAAUAGAAGAUUUCCUACAAGCAAACAACAGCCUCAUGCCCAUUAGGUACUCAUACAAAGAAAUUAAGACAAUGACAAAAAAUUUUGAGGAGAAAUUAGGUGAAGGAGGCUAUGGUUUGGUUUACAAAGGCAAAUUGCGCAGUGGAGGUGCAGUUGCUGUCAAGAUGCUCAACAAAUCAAAAGCUAAUGGACAAGACUUCAUCAAUGAAGUUGCAACUAUUGGAAGAAUACACCAUGUGAACGUGGUUCGGUUAGUGGGAUUUUGUGUUACUGCCUCAAAACAUGCUCUAGUGUAUGAUUACAUGCCAAAUGGCUCUCUGGACAAGUUAAUUUUCUCAAAUUGUCAGAAUGGUUCUCCAUUGAGUUGGAAACAAGUUUGUGAGAUUGCAAAGGGGGUUGCUCGUGGCAUUGAAUACUUGCAUCAGGGGUGUGAUAUGCAAAUUCUGCAUUUUGAUAUUAAACCACAUAACAUCUUACUCGAUGAGAACUUUGUUCCAAAAGUUUCAGACUUCGGACUUGCAAAACUUUACCCGAUGCAAAAGAGUAUUGCAACUCUUACUGCCGUGAGAGGAACAUUAGGUUACAUGGCCCCAGAACUGUUCUAUAAAAAGAUUGGAAGAGUCUCAAACAAGACAGAUGUUUACAGCUAUGGAAAGUUACUAAUGGAGAUGGCGGGAAGGAGGAGAAAUGUGGAUGAGCAUGCUGAGCAUUCAAGUCAAAUAUAUUUCCCUUCAUGGAUAUAUGACAAAUUCGAUCAGGUGGAGGAAAUGGAAAUCGGAGAUCAUGCAACUGAAGAAGAAAAGAAGAUUACAAGAAAAUUGAUUUUGAUUGCAUUGUGGUGCAUACAGAUGACACCUGGGGAUCGUCCUUCGAUGAGAGAAGUCUUAGAAAUGCUUGAAGGUGAUGCUAGUGGUCUAAAGUUGCCUCCUAAACCGUCAUUUUACCCACCAGAUUCACCCAUAUCCAUGCAAAGAAGCAGUGAUAGUAGUUAUUCUGACGAGUCAACGGCACCCCUAUGUAGCUCUGUUGCUUUAGAAAUAGAGCAGAUGGAUGACUAAGUAGAAUUCGUGCAUUCAGUGAAAUCUUUGUCUAGUGGAUUUGUCUUUCAAACUCUCAAAUAUGCCACCUAGUACCAGAUAACAUGGCAAACUGAAAUAUAAGUUUGGUAUCAAUAAACUGAAGGGUAGCACCUUGAUAUAUGCUUCAUAUGUAAUAGUAAUACCAGCAUCAAUCUUUGAGUUUAACAUAAUAAUUUCUACAAUUGAGCUCCAA